AUUGAUACUUUGGCAGUCUUUGCUUCUUUUCAGUGUUUUCACCAGAGUGAACACUGUACUUAGUUAUGUUUUACAUGUUAGCUUGAGCAGAUUUUUUUACUCAGUGUUGUACGAGUUGUUGUUGCACCAACGACGUUUCGUUGGAAGUGACGGAUGCAAGGCACUUCCACAGUGCAGAGUCGUCAACGCAGCCUGGCCAGCUAGCUUGGCUCUCCCGUGUGUGUACAACUCAACUAUAGUUGAUCUAAUGCAGUACGGUAUUAUGUAGACCCAAAAGUUUGAUUCUUCGGACAAGGACUCUUUCGUAGUGAUUUUCAGGAGGAAUUGGCCACUUGGCACCGAUACUUUUGACUAAGCCCCAAUUCCAUCGUCUCGCGGAAGUGGCGCAUAUCAUGCUCGUGCCUUUGUUGUUGGAAGAGAAGUGUGCUCUGACAAACUGAAGAUCUAUAGGUGUCGUAAUCAUUGGGACUCUGCCCUAUAGGGCCUCAUGUGGUCAAACACAAAUUGAAGAAUGUCUGCAGUGGCUGACGGCGAACUCGGACAGCAAGAAGACAGGGCCGAAGCAGAGAAAGAGGCUGAGAGAAGAGCGUGCUGCCGUGAUUUGGCGCGCUUGGGUGAGACAAAGUGCAAGACCGGAGAUGUGGUCGGAGGAAUUGGUGAUCUGGAGGAGGCCUUGGCUGUUGGCACCAGUGACCUGAAAUUGAAGAGUAUCAUAUGUAGCCAGCUGGGCAAUGCGUAUAUUGAUUUGAAGGACUAUAAGAAAGCCGUGGAGAAGCACCAGGAGGAUCGUGCAUUGUCAUCGAUCGUAGGUGAUGCGGCCGGUGAGGCUAAAGCCUGCUGCAACCUGGCGUGCGCCUUCCGCCUGCAGUCGCGUUACAAGGAGGCCAUAAACUGCUCGGAGCAGUGCGUGCAGCUAUGCCGGCGCAUACGGGAUAAGGAGAAGGAAUCUUUAGCCAUGUAUUCACUAGCUACGUGUUAUCAUUCGAUGGCCAAGAGGAGCCACUUGUCCGACGAGUCGGAGGGUGACAAAAACCGAAAUAGUGCGGCGACGAAUAUCGUGAAGGCCGUGCAGCAUUAUUUAUAUUUUCUAAAAUUACUAGACGACAUAUCCAAGCCACCCAGCUACAACACGUUACGCGGCCGUACCUAUGGCAACCUGGGUAACCUUUACUACCUGCUGAAUAACAUGGAUGAGUCGGUGGCGUAUCACCAGAAGCGUUUGGAAAUAGCCGUAAUGGAUGGCGAUGUAGAGGCUAUUGUGCGGGCACAUAGCAACAUUGGCAAUGCACAUCUAGUCGGUGGAAAUCCCAGCGAAGCGGAAAAGCACUACAAGGAGAUGCAAGGCUCAGCCGAGAAAAUCUCCGACGGUGUAUCAGUUGCCAAGGCACUCUUUGGACUGGCGACGUCACACUCAAUUCGUAAAAACUACCCGAAAGCACUCUCAUUCUACUCCAAGAUGCAGAAACUUGUAAAAGAACAGCAGGAUGAGGAUGGCCAGCUCAAGGUGCUCUUUGGCAUGACCUACGCCAACCGAGCCCUCGGCCGGUUUGAAGAGGCGCGCACGUUUGCGAUGCAGCACUAUCAGCUUGCAAGCCAGAUGGGUGACGAGGCAUCCAUGGAGCUAGCGCAGGGUAACAUUGAUGCUCUGUCCGAACUGCUGCAACAGCAAAGUGGCACUCGCCGUCACUCCUCCGAUGUGAAGCGAUCGCCGAGCUCACGAGGGAUGCAGCGUGUUAACACGUCUGGUGAGAAGGAGAGCUAUAUCAAGACCUUGCAGAAAAUACCGUCUUCGAAGACAAGCAAAGUUGCAGCACCGCCUCCCAUUCUGCGGACGCCUCCCUCCUCGGUUAGAAGUAGAGUGCGCGUUGCGCGCAGCGUACCCGAAGGCCUUAGUCUCUCCGUGGUGCCUCAGAUGCUAUUCGUACAGCCAACUGAGUCUUCAAUGAACAUCUGCAACUCGUCAACAGACUCGUCUCGUGAGCUGUUCAAGGCCGUGGAACAGGGGUCGCGCGGCCGUAUGAACGAGCAGCGUGCGGAGGCACCCGAAGUUCUGGUCGGUUCCCGCACACAGCGGCACAACACGAUCGGUGCAGCCGAUGACCUGCGAUCGCUGAAACGUAAUGAAAAGCCCAAGGGCUUGUCGUUAUCAUUUCGCCGUGACCGGAUCGAUAAGGACAUGGAUGUGGCGAGCCAGGCUAGUUUAUCACAUCCCAACAGUCGUGCGCACACUCCUCCCGAAUCAAGUGCCGAGCACCUGCGGGCGUCCUCCUCUCUUUCUACUUCGACAGGACUCAAGCGUUCUGUGUUGAUGGGCCUGGGCGAUCAGGUGGCUACUGGCGAUUCCAGCGAACAAAUUGGAUUGUCUGACUUUCUCACCUUCCUCGAUGGCCAGGAUGUCCUCCAAGUCGGCUCGCCACUUCCCAAGGACCAUUGCCGGAAGCCAUCUCGUUUUAAAUAUGAUGACAGUCCUUUGAGUGAUGGUGAUGGUGAAAAAUCGCCGCUGCUGUAGAUAAAAUGUACAUGCUGAUACUAGAUUGACCAUCGACUGUCCCACCCAGUCAUCAACUCUGUGUUGGAGUGGGUACCCACCGCUGAUGUGGCCCUUCCCCAUCCAGCAUUUUCCUCCCUUUGCCCGUAGUCCAUGUGCGACUUAACACAAUUGCCCGGCAUUCUCGGUCGCCGCCCUCGCUUCAUGCUCCCGAUAUCACCGAUCUCACUUGCUGCCAUGUGUCAUGUUGUGCUAUUACCGAUUACAACUCUCAAGGACCCUACUACUACUACUACUAACUGCAUCCUAUCGUUCAGACGUCAUCAUUGUGAAGUAUACCACUUGAAUCACCCAUGUGUGUGCGGUGUCCGCGAUGCCCACUUGAAAAUUUAGCAUUUAUUCUGUGAAAUCCUCACAACAGAUAUUUCCCUUGCAACCGAAACACGCAACCAUGCCCGCAUGCAUAGAUCACGCUCACCGAAAAAUCUAUCAUAAGUUUUAUUCCGACACUAUUCAGCCAUGUACUUUCUCUCUUUAAUUUUCCGCUUGGCUUGGCCGCAGUCUAGUAGUAGUAGCAUACCUCCUUGUUUCAAUUUUAUUCUUUCCUGGGGUGGUUAUGCGGACGAGGGACUUGCAGUCCGGUCUCAAUGCGUGUAUGUGUCAUGGAUCUCUAGACUCCUGGAUGAACUAUAGGGGGAGUUUCUUAUUCCUAUUCACUUCUCUGUGCGCUCUGUCCGUUGGCGCUGUCUUUCUUUGGCUCUUUCUUUGGUGUUAGUCUCUCUGCCGCAUCUCUUGUUUUCUCUUCUUCUUUUUUCUUCGCUACAUUGAUUUUUUUAUCAUGGCAUACCGUCUCCCAGCCUCUGGUCUUUCUUGCUUCAUCUCUGUCUCUCUUGCUUCAUCUCCGUCUCUCUUGUUUUAACUUGUGGUGAGGUACACCCCGCUGUGCGGUGUGGUGUCUUGUUGAAUACUAUUACUAUUUGCCCGCCCGCUGCUCUCGCUCCAUCAAGUGGCAUUGGCGGCCGGCCUCCGAAGUCCGUGUGUACCCACGGUGUACAUAUUUAUUUCUUCCUGCGUUUGCUUUUGGAUUUCAGUACCGGCGUUCUGGCCUUGCUUUCUGUUGCAGCCUUUUUUUCUCUCCUUUCGUUUUAGGCUCCUGUUUGCGAAAGAACUGGUGUGUUCUACAAGUAGUGCGUGAAGCGCAUGUUCAUACUCUGUUGAUGUUUCCAUUCUCUUUCCUUUUGUGGCCAGUGGAUGCAUGCUAUCCAGCCGCUGGACUUUCUUAACUAACCCACCAACUCA